GCCCACUUACAAAAGGUAGACUCUGGCGCAAGAAACCUUCGUUAACAAGUACUAGUAUUAUUUCAUUACUUUUUCGCAAAACCUCCCCAAAUUUUCUCUUUCUCUCUCCUAACACUCACUCCGAUCUGCAAUUUCUAGGAUAACGAUAUGAAGCUUGACACAAGUGGUCUUGAAUCAACUGCUCCGCUUUUCCGGAGAAGUGAUGCAGUAUUUGAUGGCUUGCAAAUGACCCCUUCAUUCGAUCUCCCUAAUCCUACCGAUUUUGAUGGAUUUCAGAAAGAGGCCGUACAGAUGGUGAAGCCUGCUAAGGGGACUACAACUCUUGCUUUUAUCUUCAAACAUGGUGUCAUGGUUGCUGCUGAUUCCCGAGCUAGCAUGGGAGGAUACAUAUCAUCUCAAUCUGUGAAGAAAAUUAUUGAAAUUAAUCCUUAUAUGCUUGGCACCAUGGCUGGUGGAGCUGCUGACUGCCAAUUUUGGCAUCGCAACUUGGGAAUUAAGUGCCGGUUACAUGAACUUGCAAACAAACGAAGAAUUUCUGUUACAGGAGCUUCAAAAUUGCUAGCAAACAUUCUGUAUAACUACCGAGGCAUGGGUCUCUCUGUUGGCACAAUGAUUGCUGGGUGGGAUGAAACGGGGCCUGGUCUAUACUAUGUGGACAGUGAAGGUGGAAGGCUCAAAGGAAUGCGGUUCUCUGUUGGAUCUGGUUCCCCAUAUGCUUAUGGUGUGCUUGACAAUGGGUAUCGAUAUGAUAUGACAGUUGAAGAAGCAUCUGAGCUAGCUAGAAGAGCUAUUUACCAUGCUACAUACCGUGACGGAGCUAGUGGUGGAGUUGUCAGUGUUUAUCAUGUCGGACCUGAUGGAUGGAAGAAGCUAACCGGGGACGAUGUUGGGGAACUCCACUAUCAAUAUAACCCUGUUGUGCCUGCCACAGUAGAGCAGGAAAUGGUUGAAGUAGUUGGAGCUUAAAAGUGAGGUGGAAGGCGGCCUAUUUUCUAGUUGCAGCUGAAGUGGAGAAUGUCUUGAUGCUUUUAAAUCGGGUGGAUCAUCCCUCAUGAGGUGAUUCUCUGCAAUAUCCUAAUGAUUUCCUGUGUUCAUAUGAACCGAAUCAGUUGUGUUAUUGUACUAAUAGACUAAUGCUUUAAAGCUUGUAGCCAUAGAUUCAAUGAAUUGCUCUUUUGGUUCUACAAAGUUUCUUACUUCCUUUCUGGGUUUCAUGAGCUUCUUAAUUGAUUUUUCUUUGUGACAUUCGACUCUAGUAGUUUUUAUUUUUCUAUUGUCAUUGUCA